AUUACCCCCGUCCUUCCCCCAUUUCUCUCUCCUAAUAUAAUUCUCCACCCAACCGUAAACCCACCCUCAAUACCUGCAUAAUCCAUAUAAACAUCUCACCCUCCAUGAAGCUCAGAAACCAACCUCGGAGAGUGCGUUCUCUAGUGAUCUACCCGAAACCUCCGGAGCAAAUCCCGGUCUGGGCCCGAGUUUAUCGAAUUUAUGCUGAAAGUCCUAGAAUAUUUUCGACAAUCGAUGGUAACGUUUGCCGCUAGACCUUUUAAGGCUUUCAGGUGGUGAAUUCUUUCCAAGAACCGCGGUUAUGAAGCGAGGCCAAUAUCGUUCGUCGCCCACCAUUUGUUUACAACUCUUUUCCAACACAACUCAACCUUAACACUCCAACCCAAAUUGGGACUCAUCCACCCUCUUCUCUAGGCCCCAUGGCGAUGAUCAAAUGCUUCCUGUCCAAAGGCUGGGGCUGUUCCUUCAACUCAGGCGAUCUCUCCGUUUCAUUUCUCGAAUCCUCCGCCAUCCGCGGGAUGAUCUUCAAGUACGCCGACUUCGAAAAAUGCAAACUGACUGGCGUCCGUUUAAUUGGGUGCGAGAUCACCGACUCAGAGCUGGAUGGUUGCGAUCUGACCGACUGCAUGAUCAAGAAGUCGGCCUCAAAAGAUUCGAAGAUGAGCCGGUGUACGAUCUCUGAGAAUGUAGAUGCUAUUAACACGACAUUUACGAAAUGUAUUGUGAACAAUGCAAAUAUGCAAAGAUGCAAAUUUCAGACAUCAGUCUGCUUUGAGUCUACGGCGACGGAUACCAACAUGGAUAGUUGCAGGGCUGAUACAGUUGUUGUCAAGACUUCGCGGAAUGUCACUUAUACAAAUUCCGAACUACGAUUCUGUAGCAUUGACGGAGGUUUCGUUACACACUCCUCACUUAGCGACUGUGAGCUUGAGAGACAAUCCGGACUCUUUUUUCGUAUUAAGGAUUGUCAAGUAAUCUCUCACCCACUCGCUCUUCGCAAGUUCAUCCCCGAAAUUCGAGAUCUUAUCUUCGAGUAUGCACUAGCAGGUAACGGCAAAGACUCUUCUCUGAUUGCCGCACUACGCGGAGAACCGAAGCUAUACCAUGAGGCACUGGAGGUUCUCCGAAAGACGUGUGUAUUUCGCUUGAUCGAUGAUUUCCACUACUAUUACAAGGCCAUACCUUACUGGGAAGUUGCUACCACUCGCAGCCCUCCCGAACGGCUAUGGAGUCCCCAUGCAAUACUGAUGGACACUACCUACGAAUACUACAACGCAUGGCAGCACAUCCAGCACAUAUCUGUCCGGCAAGUACAACCAACAUCCUAUGAUCGCGUUUUGCAGGCCAGUGACUAAUUCGACUACAGGUCUUCGUCUAUGAAGCAUCUUCUUGCCGAAUCCGAACCAAUGGACUACCUGAAGAGCUUGCGAAGCAUUCACGUCGAGACGUUUCAUGACGAUUGUUAUGCUUCAGAUGUCGAGCAGUUUGCGUCAGUGUUCCUAGGACACCAUAAGCUGAUCGCCAAAAUAUCGAUCGAUUUCAUUACACGGAAGAGUACGCCGGCUGAAGAAAAUGCACGAAGAAAUAGCAUGAUAGUCAGCGUAGCAGGGA